AUGGCAGACAGCCUAUCCAUCUACGACGAGAUAGAGAUCGAAGACAUGACCUUCGACCCUGCCCUGCAAAUCUAUCACUACCCGUGCCCGUGUGGCGAUAGGUUCGAGAUCGGAAUUGCAGAUUUGAGGGAUGGAGAGGAAAUUGCAAUCUGUCCAAGCUGCAGUCUGAUGAUCAAGGUUAUUUUUGACGUGGACGACCUACCCAAGGAUGGAGAUGGCGGUGCUGGAUUGGCGACCGUGGCGGUUCAGGCGUGA